UCUUGCGGCCGAUCCCGGCUGCGGCGUGGGAAACAGCCGCGAGGAGCCGACCGCGCCGCCGCGGGAGCCGCGCCUUCCCGGACCCAAAGAGGGAGGGAGGAAGGGAGGAAGGGAGGAGGCUGGCAGGGCCCCUGGGCGCUGCGCCCCGCUCCGCGUUGGUGGCUCGGGCUGGGCUGUUCCCCACGCCGUCUUCGCCGCGAUGAAGCGCCCUUGCGAGGAGACGACCUCCGAGAGCGACAUGGACGAGACCAUCGACGUGGGAAGCGAGAACAAUUACUCGGGGCAAAGUACUAGCUCUGUGAUUAGAUCAAAUUCCCCAACAACAACAUCUCAGAUUAUGGCAAGAAAGAAAAGGAGAGGGAUAAUAGAGAAAAGGCGUCGAGAUCGAAUAAAUAACAGUUUAUCUGAGUUGAGACGACUGGUGCCAACUGCUUUUGAAAAACAAGGAUCUGCAAAGUUAGAGAAAGCCGAAAUACUGCAAAUGACAGUAGAUCAUCUGAAGAUGCUUCAGGCAACUGGGGGUAAAGGCUACUUUGACGCACACGCUCUGGCCAUGGACUUCAUGAGCAUUGGUUUCCGGGAGUGCCUAACGGAAGUGGCCCGGUACCUGAGCUCCGUGGAGGGCCUGGACUCCUCCGACCCCCUGCGGGUGCGACUGGUCUCUCAUCUCAGCACGUGUGCCUCGCAGCGGGAGGCGGCGGCCAUGACGUCCUCUCUGGCCCACCACCACCAUCCCCUGCACCCGCACCACUGGGCGGCAGCCUUCCACCACCUCCCCGCGGCCCUGCUCCAGCCCAACGGACUCCACGCGUCCGAGUCUACGCCUUGUCGCCUCUCCACCGCUUCGGAAGUGCCUCCUGCCCACGGCUCCACCCUCCUCACGGCCACGUUCGCCCACGCCGACUCCGCCCUUCGGAUGCCGGCCACGGGCAGCGCAGCCCCCUGCGUGCCGCCUCUCUCCACCUCCCUCUUGUCCCUCUCCGCCACUGUCCACGCGGCCGCGGCCGCGGCCACCGCAGCGGCGCACAGCUUCCCUCUGUCCUUCGCGGGGGCCUUCCCCAUGCUUCCCCCUAACGCAGCUGCAGCCGUGGCAGCCGCCACAGCCAUCAGCCCGCCCUUAACCGUGUCGGCCACGUCCAGCCCGCAGCAGACAAGCGGUGGAACAAACAGUAAACCUUACCGACCCUGGGGGACAGAAGUGGGAGCUUUUUAAGUUUUCACUGAACUUUUUGCAAUGGUAACCGAAUGUCCUUCGUUUCCGAGUCAGCUUAAACCUCUGCACCCUGAAAGUAGCCAUACAGAUGUCUACAGAUCCACAAAGGAACAAUAAAGCUAUUUGAGACACAAACCUCACAAGUGGAAAUGUGGUAUUAUCUUUUUUCUCUUGUUUUGUUUAGGGCAGCUUGGUAACUGACAUCAGCAACUUUUGAAAACUUCACACUUGUAUUCAUUUAGAAGUUUCCUGGAAGAUAUAUGGACUGUAUCAUCCAGCAGUACAUCAGUAUGUCUGAAUUGGGGGAAGGGGGGGGGGAGGGAAGUCCUGACUGGAUUCUCUUUAAACUAGAUGAAAAAAAAAAAAAUUCGUGUUUCAUAAGUGCCUGAGCUAGUAAAGUUUUCUUCUGAAUAUAUAACAUUGCACAAGUAAAGAAGAGCGUAGAGGUUAGGUUAAGAAAGGAAAGGGACAGAAGUCUUAUAUUAGGCUGCAGACAUUUUAAUACAGUGCCAGAGAAGAGUACUGUGUUGAAACCAACAGGUUUUAUUCGCCAAAAGGAUUGCUGAAAAUAAUUUUCAAGUUGAAAGACCCUAGUUUUAUCUUAGUUUGCUUUCUUUGUACAGACUUGCCUGCCAAGUGGUGACAUUUAGCAAUGCAUUGGUAUAAGCAAUUAUUCCAUCAGUGCUCAGAUUAACAACCAUUUCUGCCCUGCCUGCAAGCCCCCAGGCACUUUUUUCAUGGCUCAAAAUAUGGUGCUUCUUUAUGUAAACCAUGCAUUUAUAUAGAGAGUGCACCUAAAAGCAGUUGCCUACCAUGUGCCCAUUUGAUUCAUGCCAACUUGAAAAUUCUCCAGUUUGUAAAAGUUUAGGUUAAUUUAUUGUUUCAUUUGGACUGUUUUUACAUACUUACCCUCUUCAUUUCGUCCUGAUAAUGUGUAAUGUCUAUUCUCGUCACCCUUUGGGAAAAGUUGCAUUUCUGGAGGUGAUGAGACAGAGAUAGAGCAUUGGGAAGAGAAAAGCCACGAUUUUUAAAAGCUCUUUGUCAAGCUUAUGAUUGCAUUUGAUCCCAAAUCAAGAUGAAUGUAUGCAAUGGGAUGUACAUAAAUUAUUUUUGUUCAUGCCUAGACUAGUGCUACAUAAUGGUGUUUUUCUUUUGUUUUUUUUAUUCUGUUUAAUGACAAAGUAAUCUCUUAAUACAUUAAAAUUGAGUACAUGAGAUUUUAUGUUUGAAAGAUAAAGACACAGCAUGUAUUAUUAUGCACUUCAUUUCUCUGCUGUGUGGAGAAAGCAAUAAACAUGAGAAUGUUAAA